AUGGAUGAUUUGAAUGAAGUACUCUUAGCUGGUUACACCAUAAACAACAAACCUAUUAUCCUCAAAAUAUGGAACCCGUAUUUUGAUUUCACUGAUGAAUUUCUCACAGAGAUACCUCUAUGGAUCAAAUUUCCACAUUUGCCAGUCAGUUGUUGGAGUGAUGAUUCUCUGGGGAAAAUAGCUAGUGUCAUUGGCAAACCCCUCUUUGCAGAUGAGUGUACUGCAAAAAGGACUAGGAUUUCCUUCGCAAGAAUCUUAGUUGAGGUAAACACUACAAAACCUCUGCUUGAUACAAUAGUAAUAUUUGAUCCAUAUGGGAGAGAGCUGGAACAAGAUGUCAUUUAUGAUUGGAAACCAACCUUCUAUGCUAAAUGUAUGAAAUUGGGGCAUCAAUCUCCACCUAAAGUAAGGCCAGAUCCUCCACAGCCUCGGCCUAGAAGAAGAAGGAGGAAUCAACAACCUACACAAGCAUGGAUGACUAAACCAGUUCAGGGACAUCCUGUUAGUAGAGCUGGGAUUACUAGUGUGCCACUGGGUGAGUCUCAACAUCAGUCUACAGUAAUGGGGAGGCAUCCAACUUUGCCUAUGAAUUGGCUAGCGUGGAACAUCAAGGGACUCAACAAAGUGUACAAGCAGAAAGAGUUGAGUAUCUACCUGAAAGACCAAAGAAUAAAACUUGCGGGAAUUGUGGAAACAAGAGUCAAGGAGCAUAAAGCUCCAAAUAUUGUCAAGAAAGUAGCACCAACAUGGCAAAAUCUCCAUAACUAUACUCAUGCUAGCAAUGGAAGAAUUUGGUUGUUGUGGGAUGAUUCCUGUUAUCAAGUCACUCAUUUGGAAGCCUCACCUCAAUUAAUUCAUGUUCAAGUGAUUUGUAGACACACUGCUAUGAAAUGCUACAUGAUAAUUAUAUAUGUUUUUAAUACUGUGGAACAUAGGAAAAGUUUGUGGCACCAACUAUGUGAUCUUGCCCAGCAGACAACCAUACCUUGGUUGAUAUGGGGAGACUUUAAUGCAGUCCUAAAUAUUCAAGAUAGAUUGUUUGGAGCUCCUGUCACCAAUGUAGAAAUAAAAGAUUUCCAAGAUUGUGUCCAAGUUCUUAAUCUAACUGAAGUGAAAUGGAGGGGAGAAUAUUACACUUGGACAAAUAAGCAAAGGGAAAGUGACAUGAUCUGCAGCAGGUUAGAUAGAGCACUGGGUAACUCUGAAUGGAUGCUAGAUCAAGGUCACCUGGAGGUGGAUUUCAAACAGCCUCAUAUCUCAGACCACUCUCCAAUGGUCAUGAGCAUCAAACUGGAUGAACAGACAACUAGUACUCCUUUCAAGUUUUACAACAUAUGGGCUGAACAUUCAAAUUUUAUGAAGCUAGUAGAAGAAGGUUGGGGUAGACAACUCAAUAGAGACAAAAUGAGAAAUGUGUCGAUGAAGUUGAAGGCCUUAAAACCUGUUUUUAGAGAGCUGAAUAAUGAAGAAUUUAGAGGAAUAUCAUAUAAGAUUAUAACUGCCAGAACAAAACUGAAAGUAGUUUAA